AUGCUUUUUAAGUAAAGAAAACAUCUUCUCAGAUGAAACCAACUGAUUUGAAAAUUUAAAGAAAAUUUGAAAAUUAACUAUUAUAAAAAUAAUCUUCUUCAGAAAAUGUUUUAUGGAUGGCGUUCUUUACUUUUUGUACUUCUUUAUCUUUUUUCAUUACAGAGUGUUUUGACAAAAGUCACAGUGGAACUACUUCUUCGUAAUUAUGAAAACAAAAAUUCUAAAAAAGCUAGUGGUGUUGGAUGUGAUCUAUUUAAGUUGAGUUGUGACGUAAAGUUUAUAAUUUGUAUUAAACUUGGCAAAUUGUCAGCUUGUAUAAAUAAAUCUAGUACAAAAGUAUUUAGACAAGCUAAGGCUAUAAACUUUGAUAAUGAAAAUCUUGUUGAUAAGCAAUUUACUCGUAGCUUUACUGAACCUUACAAAGGAAUUAUUUCAUUGUUUAUAGAAGCACGUGAUAAGGAUAUCUUUUCUGACCAAUUAAUAGACGAAUACAAUAGUGUAUUAAAUAUAGCUAUAUCAUCUGAAAGUACACAACCUAUUCCUUACAAUGUUACUCAGCUAGGGAAAUAUAAAUCAGGUUCUAAUCUACAGUACAGUGUUAAAGUAUAUUGCUCUCAAGGUUACUAUGGAAAUGAUUGUACAAGUUAUUGUGACAAAACAUCAGAGUUGUGCAAUCCAGAUUCUUGUAAAGAGGAUAUAUUUGGCGAUGAUUCAUUUAAAGGAAUAUAUAGGUUUAAUGAAACACAAGUUAAUAUGACCAACAUUAUUCCCUGUAAAUACAAUGAAGUAGCUAAUGUUACACGUAAAUGUACUUCUAUGUUGGGAACAGGACCUUAUUGGAUGGAUCCUGAUUUUGAAGCUUGUGAUACUGCAACAACUAAAAAACUAAAUGAUUUGAAUAAAAUUCCGUUAUGUAAUGAUGAAUUAGGAAACAGUUCAUGUUGGUUUCCAGAUAAAAUAAUCCAAAAGGCAAAUGAGAUUGUUGAUUCAAGCUCUUUAAUUACUACUCAACAAGAAGUAUCAUUGGUUUCAAGGAUUAUUAAUGAAGUUGUUUUGAACUCAACUAGUGCAGAAAAGAUUUCUUCUGGGAUGUUAAAUUUGGUAGAUAAAUUAUUAGAAGUUAACAGCUCUAUACUCUCUGAAGCGCAAACUAUUACAAACUCAUCAAGAAAUAUUUUGUCAUCCCUUGAUUUGUUAGCUGUUCUUAUGGCAGGGGAUCCCAACACAACUGACUUAGACAUUACAAAAAGCAAUAUUGCAUUAAAUGGUAGGAUUGUAAGCAAUAGCAACACAUACAUAACUACAUUUCAAAACCAUGAAAAGCAAAUGCAAGUGGUAAUAUCCAAUGAAGAAAAAUCAAGAGGAAUGUUGGCUUCUAUUUUAAUUCCUGGUAGUUCGUUUUCUAAUACCAAUAAUAGCAUAUACUCCAUUGUCUACACUAAUCCAAAUUUGUUUACUACCAACAACAGUUUAGUUAUAAAAAAAUCUACAGAAAAUUCAACUAAAACAGGAGUUGCUGCCAGUAUCAUUCUUUCAGCUACUGUAGCCAAUCAAAUGAUGGUAAAUCUGAAAAGUCCUGUUUUAGUUAAGUUUAAGAUAAUAAAUGUAAAUAAUUUAACUGGAAAAUAUGACUGCUAUUUUUGGAAUUUCACUUUAGAUUACUGGUCAAAUGUUGGAUGUCGUUUUGUUAGUAAAAACAAUUUUACAGUAACUUGUGAGUGUGACCAUCUUACAAAUUUUGCUCUUAUCUUUGAUGUAUCACAAGAUGAAAAAACAACAAUACAAAUGAUUGGAAAUAAAGCAUCAGAUCGGAUUUCUUUGAUUGGAUGUGCAGUAUCAUUAGUAGGCUUAUUUUUAACAGCAUUAAAUCUGGUUUUAUUUAAAAAGCUGCGCCAGAAACUUCCAAUGAAAAUUUUGUUUUGCUUAAGCAUGUCAUUAAUGGCUAUGCUUAUAGUAUUUCUUUCUGGAGUAAAUCGUGGCUCCUUAUCUUCAAUUUUUUCCUGUCAUUUAGUUGCUGGGUUGCUACAUUAUUUUGUUUUAACCAGCUUUUGUUGGACUGCUGUUGAGGGAUUGAAUUUAUAUAUCAAUUUUGUAACAAUUUUUAAAAAGUAUAGCCCUAAUAAGUUUAUGCUGUUUUCAUCAAUAUUUGCUUGGGGGUUUCCACUUAUAAUUAUUAUUAUAACUGCAUCUCUUGGUGGCUAUUCUGAUGUUGAUGCUAAAGUAUGUAUUAUACGCCAUUAUUAUUUUUAUUAUGGUUUGCUGACUCCUGUUGCUGUAAUUUUACUAGUGAAUUUUUUUACUUUUUGCAUUGUAAUGAAAAAAAUAAAUGCAAGAAAUUUUAAAAAAAGUGUACAUUACAAGCACACUCUUUACUCAAGUCGUAUAGCAUUUUCAUGCAGCACUUUACUUGGUUUAUCGUGGGUGUUUGGUAUUUUUGCAUUAAACAAAGUGGCGAGGCAUUUUCAAAUUCUUUUUGUCAUAUUUAACAGUCUUCAGGGUUUUUUUAUAUUUGUAUUCUAUAUUGCUCGAAAUCCAGAAAUUCAAUCAGAGUGGCGUCUUUUAUUAAACAAGUUAAUAGUUCGUGACAAAAAAAAUCAUAAAAUGGGCAUUAAAAAUAAAGGUUAUGUCUCGGAUACGUCAAAGAAUGCGAGUGAAAACUUUAGUAAUCUCACGGAUCUGAGUGUAACAUCUAAAUAAAGUUUCUAUCAAAGAAUUUGGGUUUGGAAUUCGGGUUCAUCAAAGAAUCUUAGUGCCAGCAUCAAUCAUGUAAUUAAUGUCAGCACCAAUCAUGUGAUUAGCAUCAAUCAUGUGAUACAUCUGAGUAUUUAUAUAAUUAUUUUAUACUACUGUGAUCAGAGUAAAACAAUUGUAUGACUAAAAUUGUGGUUGAA